AUGAAGUUCAGUGCUUUAAAUGAAUCAUCUUUAUCAGAUGAUGAUGGAGAUCCUGAAUUGGCUACUAGAGAAGCACAGGAAGAAGAAGCUUAUGCUUCAUAUCAUUCUGCUCUCCGCAAGCAAAGCGCAGGGGAAGUAGAAGAUGCUGAAAGUAUAUUCAAAGAACUUUUGGAAUCUGAAUUUCUUGAACAGGUACAAGUCAAUGAAGAUGAUGAAGAAGAUGGGCCCCUUCGUCCUGCCUUGACGCUGAAAUAUUUAGUUUACAAAAAUCUAGCAACAAUUUCUAGUGGGAAAGAGGAUUUUAAAUCUGCAACUGAAUACUAUUUAGAGGCCUUGGAAAUUGAUUCUUCUGAUGUAAUCAUGUGGUAUAGAAUGGGGAAGUCUUCCAUUAACAUUGUAAAAUAUUCUCUUGCCAGACUUUGUUUUUUAGAGGGCUUAAAAUGCAACCCAAAUCAUUGGCCUUGUUUGGACAAUGUUAUUACCGUCAUGUAUACACUUAAUGAUUAUGCAAAUUGUUUGUACUAUGUUUCAAAAGCUUUAGAGAAAGAAUGCUUUUAUUUGAAAGGACUUGCUUUUAGAGAUCAAAUAUACAAAGAAGACCCUAGUUUGAAAGAAGAGUGCGAGAGCUACUUUGCAAACUGUGAUUCUUCUAUAAAUUUUACUCAUUACGAUAAAGAGGAAGCAGAAAAGUUUAUCCAGGAGUGUUUGGACAUGAGAGAAAAAAGCCGAAGUUUUUAUAAACCCACACCUUCACCAGUAUUAUCUCUUUCCCUUCCAAUUAAGGAAUAUACAUGGAAAAAUUUAGGUGACAGUCUGAUUAAUAUGUACGAUUGUGUAGCUAAUGCAACCUCUUCUGUUUCUUUUAGCUGUAAAGUGGAUUUAUCUCAAUACGCUGAGAGUAACAAGGUAUGUGAUAGUAACGGAGAGAAGAGCUCUUUGUCAUCACCUGUGUCUUCCUUAUCUGAAGCUUGCAGUAGUAAUUCUGCCACACACCUUGAUACUAGUCAGACAGAAAUGGAGGUUGAUGAAGUGCCAAAUGCUUCUAGUACAAAUGUGAGUUCUAAUACAUACAUCUUGACACUGCCACAAGUUGAAUCCCAAAAUACAGAAGUUACAACUUGCAAUGAUUCUCCCACGCAUGGCAGAAGAUCUUCUAAAAGAAAAAGACUUCUCUCAGAACUGAAUGAUAUUGCUGCUAAACGCCGAUCUACCAGGGUAAGGAAUCCUGCAAUUAAAAAACCUCAAGAUAAUAUAAAUUACCAAGAGCUUCUUCAUAAGUUCCUUCCAUCAAAGCUACUUGGUGAUGGUAAAUUUGAUGAACAAGAUGAUGAUAGCGAUCCAUUAUCUCAAGAUAAAAGUAAUAGUGAUCACACAUAUGGACAAUCAGUCGAUAGUGAAAAGAAAGAUUCAAAAUCUCCUCCAAACUCUUUUGAUUUAACUACAACAGAAAAAGCAGAUGUGAAAGAGUUUGUCAACAGUUGCAUAUCCAAUUCUGGCGUUAUAGAUUUAUUGUAUAAAUAUGUUACUAUUCUUGGAUCAAAAAGUAAUUUUAUAUGGCCGAAGAAUCUCAUCGAAGUUUUCUGCAACGCAUUUACUCGACUUAGACGUCAUAUCACUAUUCCAAACUUAUUCAGUCAUGAAGCUCAAUCAUCUCGCAUUAAAGAAGUUGGAAUGGCUUUUCUGGUGUACUGUGAAUUUAAAGUUGAUCAGUGGUUCCUCUCUACAGGGCAUUCCAUGUCAUUUUCUCCAAAGUUACCAUCUUCUUGCUCAAGUUUUCAAAGCAGUCCUGGAAAUGGGAUAGCCAAUGAUUUUCAUGCUGAUAUGGAAUUUCUUGUUCAACUUACUGCUAGAAAAGAUAUUCUUGAUGAAGACUGGAUAAAUUAUAGUGCAAGAGCAUUGUGGCUAAGAGCAAAAUUUCAUUCAUUGGAAGGGGAGGUAGAUUUAGCAGUGCACUGCAUGGGAAAGCUUAGUAGUGUCUUGUGUGAAGAUGAAGAAACUCCAGUGAAAAUAACUGUUCAGAAUUGCAGCUCUACUAAUACCAUAACUGCAGAAAAUGUUCAACAGCAGCUGGAAUCACUUCAGAGAUGCCAGUCUUUGGAAGAGGUUCAAAGGCUGUAUGAACAUGGCGACUAUGCUGCUGUUGUUGAUCUUCUUAUAGUUACUUUCCAUCAACCACGAACAAAACGAAAGCAAAAUCUUGAAGGUGUACCUGAAAGACAUGCACAAUUAUUACUUCUUCAAAAUUCUCUGUUGAAGCUUGAAAGAUAUAAAGAAUGUGUUUACUGGAGUGAGGUUUCAUUUAAUGAAGCAUUGCAACAAUUCAUGAAUGCAACGAAGAACUCCGAAUGGUCAGAAACAAUGGCUCAUUUGUUGUCUGGUUUGGACAACUGUGCAAAAUUAAAAUCUGAAUAUCUCAGUGAACUUGAAGAAUCAAAGCUUGUCCGACUCACACAAAACUUGAUUCUCGUCAUUGUAAUCCAGAUGGAAAAUUAUGACUUUUCUGCUGAUAAUGCAUCCUUGCUUGUCAUCUUACCUUGGAUCAUAUUGUAUCGUUUAAUUUUAAAUGAGGAAAAACGGAAGGCGAAAAAAGGAUCUUCACCUGAAAAGAAGAGUACCAUUGAAAGUGCAUCUGCUGGUAAUUCUAGCAACAAGGCUGCUGCUGUCAGCAAUUUUUUGAUUGAUUUUGAUUUGAGUGCUUCAAUGCCAUCUUCAUUAAUGUUGCUCUUUACUGCCCAUGAAUAUUUAGGAAGACGAUCUUGGUGUACAUCUGCAGAUGGAUUACUGCUUUUACAUUGCCUUGAUGUAAUGCUGGCUGAACUCCAAGAUUCUCAUGGAGAAUCUUACUUAUACAAGGAAGAUUUAGAAACAGGCCUGGAGCAAUGCAUCUAUUGUUUGUAUGGACAUCCAAAUAAGCGAACACGUGCUAAGCAUCUUCAAGAACAUAAUACUAAGCAGAUCCCACUCACUUGGGAAAGAGCUGGUGUAAUUUUUCAAUAUUUUAAGCCUAAUAUUCUCCCUGAGUUCGACAGUUAUAGAACAAGCACAAUAUCAGCGGAGCUUGAAAGUCUUUUAAAAAGAUUAUCAACACUGGUACCAUCCGACGAAGAUCCAACAACUCGUGUGGAUGCUUAUACUGCUUACAUUGAAGGAGGAACAGAUAAAUGCCCUGAUCCACCAUUUAAAGAUAAGACCCCAAGUGCUGUUGUAAAAGACCUGUACUAUUUACUUGGUGAUUAUUAUUUCAAGAAUAAAGAAUUUAGCAAAGCCAUACGAUUUUACCUCUUCGAUAUUUGUAUUAAUCCGGAUCGUCAAGAUUCUUGGGCUGGUAUGGCUUUAUCCAGGAGCUCUCAGUUGGACCAAAAACUGAAUUCGUAUGAAUUGAGAAAUGAGUCAACAAUAUAUCGCAAAUCAUCUGCUGCAUUGAGGUGUUUUGAUCAUGCUCUAGAAUUAGACCCAACAACUACAUCUUUAUGGAUUGAAUAUGGUUCACUUGCCUAUAUAUUGCAUUCUCAUGCUUCAAGACAGCUAAAGCAGGAUAGUUUUUGUGAUGAGCUCUUUGAUUUGCUGAAAAAGAAAAAACUGGAAAUGCUUCAAGUGGCAGAAAAGUGUUUUCGAAAUGCUAAUCACUGUGAUGAUGGAGGUGAACCUGAAGAGGCAUGGUUGCAUCACUACAUGUUGGGGAAAAUUUGUGAAAAGAAAGGCGAAGGACCAACAGUUUUUUUGGACCAUUACAAAAAAGCUCUUAUGUAUUUACACGAAGAUUUUGCAAGAUAUCCACAAAAAAUUUUGUAUCAUAAUCCAGCUGAACUUUCUAUUGAAGCUCUAGAGGUGUAUUAUAGAGUACAUGCAAGCUGUAUAAAAUUUUUAUGGAAGCAUGAAAAUUCUGGUUUUGACCUCAGUACCUUGAAAAUUAUUAGAAAAUGUUUGAAAGAGGUUUCAAACAGUCCUUUUGCUCAUUUUCAAGAGAAGUGCAAAAAAGAAUAUACAUAUUCAUCAUCUGCUUCGGAACCUGAUGAUAGUGUAGUUCAUGUACCUUUAGUUGAACCUACUUCUCAAGUAGAUCAUAAUUACUAUGGCAGUGAAGUUAUUCAAAAAUUUAAUGGCUGUGGUCAAAUUCGUCACAAUCGUCCUUCUACGGAUUCAUCACCUGAAUCCCAAGAUUGUUCUACAAUUAUGGAGGUGAUUGAAUCUCUGGUAGGUGUUGUAGAAGCUCAUUUUAUUGAUGAAGCUAAAGAAAUUGCAUACCUUAAGAAUUCAUCUGAGUGUUCAAAAACAACUAAAACUGAUUCAGGUGUUGUGUUAGAAUUUGUUGCUGAAGAAUCGGUAUAUACAUCUAAGUCAUUACAAGGCUCUGUGGAAAAUUCUGAAGUAAGUUCCUCCGAAAGUAGGGAAUUAAAUGAAGAAAAGCCAGAUGUGGAAAUGGUAACCAUUGUUGAGGAGAAAGAUGAACUGGCUAAGUUGCAACAGUUGGCAAUGGAAUUGGAAACUAGAACUGCUGCUUUGAAAGAUGAAGAAAUGAAAAGGAAAGCUGCUGAAGCCAAUGAAUCGUGUCCUAUGAAAAGUAGUGAAAUGGAAGUAAAUGUCAUAAAUGGUAAAUCUACUCAAGAAAAUGAGCUUAGUUCCAACAGUUCUGCUGUAACUGUUGUCCAAGAAAGUAAAAAUGAGGAAGUACUAAAUGCUUUGUCAUCCAUUCUUUUUAUGUUAGAAGAUGCCCAGAAAAGUGUUAAAGAUGAGGAAAAAACACAGCUUAGUCAAAAUGAAGAGAAAAAAUUGCUCAUUAUUGCUGGGGAUAAAAUUGGUGAUAAAAUUACAAAAACUGAAGAUGACUUAAGUUCAUGUCAUACUGUUCCUAUGGAAAUAUCUGGUGAGGAAGAUCAAACCCCUGCUGGGGAAAAUGAACUUGGCCUUUCUGAAUCUGUAGAAAACAAUUCUUUGACAAACACUCAUAAAAAUUCUACAGAAAAAAUCGAAAAUGUAAUUGAUGAAACUGGGAUUAAAAGCUCUAUGAGUGUUCAUGAAUGUGAAGUGACCUCAAAGAAAGAAAUUGAUGAUACUGCUAUGGAUACAUCUGAUAACAACAGCUGCAAAAAUGGAAAAGAAAACGAAAUUAAAUCUGAUGAUGAUGAUAAAACUGUCAAAGAUCCGCCAUCUGCCUGCUCUUCAUCUUCAUCAAAGGAGCAAACAAAAAGCUCGGAUAUACCUGCAAUUAAUACCACCAAUACUUCAAUUACCAAAACACCAACAGCGGAUGAAUUAAAAAAGAGUCAAGCUGAAAUUAUGAAACUCAUUCCUAUGUGCUUAGAUUCGAUGAGAGAAUGCUUACAAAGAUUUAUUCAGCAUUACAAAUCAUUGUACAGGAUGGCUCAUUAUUAUUGUCACUCUACCAAAAAUAAGAAUUUGCAGUGGGCUCGAGAAAUCCUUCUUGCCGCUACUCCUAUAACAAAAAAUUAUCCUUCAAUGCCUGGCCUAUUUGCAGAUCGUAAAAACACAAACUUUUUCAAUGGCAUUUGGCGAGCACCAAGCAAUGAAAUAGAUAGACCAGGGAGCUUUGGAGCCCACAUGUACCGUUCUGUUCAUCUACUUAUUGAAGUCCUCACUCAACAAAGAGAUUAUAAUAUGUUAGUUAACCUUACUCAACAGUUGUACAGGACGCCUGAACUUGGAAAGAAAUACAUGAGGGACACAGAUCGAGUUUACCUCGUAAGAAAAUCUUAUGAUUGUUGUGUAAAUAUCUUGAGAGACCAAAUGAAUUCUUUGCUUCAGGAAGAACCUCCUCCAGAAGAAAGUAGACUUAUAUGUUGCUUGCUGGAAAUUUAUAGAUCUUGUCAGACCUUACUGAAAUCUGGGAUUUUUGUUGACGAGACAAAUGAGCUUCUUGAAGAAGCAUACACCAUGUAUAGAAUAGGAGAGGUUGACCCUUAUCCAUCUGUUCUAGAGCAAGCAACUAAAUUCUGCCAACUUCAACUUGGGAAAUCAUAUUCACACAAUGUUCAUGAUUUAAGUAAACCAUACUCAUCUUCAAAGUAUGGGAAUGCAUCUGAUUUGAAUGAAAGUAAUGCUAACAUGAUUUCAUCGCCUUCUACAAGUUCCUUUGCUCCAGAACCUUGGCAGAAAGGUAAAAGAGCAUGACAGCUGCUAGUGCUUUAGGUGUUUCCUCAGUGUUAAUUUAUUUGAAAGAUUUUUUGUAAAAACCAAAAACUUUCUUUUAUAAAAGAAAACUGUGUGCCUUUUUUUAGAUGUUGAGCUUAAAAGAGUUCCAUCACAUAAAAAGUGCUAAAGUAAUAAAUAUAAUGCGGCCUAUUGGAUCUUCUAUGAAAUUUCAUAGUUUGACAUCAUUUUGCUCAUGAAGAUCUAGAAUCAGUUCACCGGUUUGUUAACCAUUAGGUAAUGUUACAUGCAAAAAUACGACCACUACUUUGUGACAAGGAAAAAAAAACAUAUUUAAAAGGGAAAUACAUAAAGGAUAUAAAAGCAAGGGUUCUUUUAAAUGCACUAAUUUUUGGCUUUUCUUCACUAUUACUAUUUUUAGGCAGUUCUUGUUUGAGUGUAAUUUCUGCUAAUGAUUUUUUAGUCUCAAUAUAAUCAUGUAAUUCCAGCGAUAUGGUCAGUUGAAACAUGAAUGGUGUAAUCAAUCUUUAAAGUAAUUUAUUGAUGCAACUUAUACCAAAAUGUUCGCAUAAAAAUCUGAACCCCCUGUCAUACUUCUGAAGCGAAAAAUAGUACAAAAAUCAUUAUGAUUUUUAAUUUGAAUUGUACUUAUGCUAAUCAAACUUUAAAGCUGGCAUGCAUUUUUGGUUAGCCUGUUUGAGAAAAUUGACUGUACAUACAUAGUAAACUCCCGAUUACUUAAAGAAUUCACUGACUUCACUAUUGUGGAUAGCCGAUUUUACGGAUAAUAUGUACGGAUGAUAAUACAAGUUUGCGUUUGGGUCGUUUAUUCACACAAUAGAUAACAUAAACACACUAAUUAAGGAAUAAUAAAUUAUUCACCGCUUACAAAUUUUUAGAUUUUUUUUCUUUGAAAUUCAGUCAAACUUUUCUGCAUUUUUGCAUUGAAGGAAUUUUAUUUAGGACUUUUUUGCACUAUUUGGUCAUAAAGUGAUGCAUGCUCUUUGUUCUUUAAAUUCUGAAUAUGGUCCUUAGUCUGAGCUAAAGCUACAUUUGUCGCUCAUAUUUGUACUUUAUCAUCUUUUCAUCAUUCUCUAAAUUCUUACCUUUUGCUUUGCUUACUAUUUGCGCAUUAGCGUCCCAAUCAAACUACUCAAUAUUAUUUUUAUUGACAUUUUCUCCACCACCAACAAAUUUCUCUAUGAAAAUUGAGAAUCGUGAACGAAAGCUUCCUCCUUCUUUUCAGAAUCUACAUAAGGUUUUCCAUUUUCAAAUGUGUUAUUAAAAAGAAUAAAAAACCCUGUCUUGCAUCACGGAAAUAAGCUCUAUCUAAAAGAUGAGAAUUAGUGAAACAAAGGAAAUUUAAUGUUGCUGAUAACCAAGGCUUUUCUGAUUAUCCUUGAUGUAAAUAACAUGGUUCUCAGUUCGGUACAUUUUGUUCAGUUUGAAUUCAAUGACAUAAGCAAUAAGAAUUUAAACUACUGAUACAUAAAUGGAGGUCUUCAAGUUUCAAAUAAAGCACAGUUUACUUUUUUUUUUUUUGAAUUUCUGUACAUAAAAGUGGUAGUAUUGUUACGUGUUCCGGUGAUUCAUUUCUACUUUGAAAGUAGGUAUUCAAAACCCUAAAUUCUGUUUACUUUUCAAUUGAAUAGGGGGGAAAAAUAUAUUGCUCUAAACAUUAAUAAUUUUUUGAUGCCCAGAUUCAUGUUUGUUUUGAUUCAUUUUAACUGCUGUUCAUGAUCAUCAUAUUCAUUGUUGUAAAAAAAACAUUUUCUUUAUUUAUUGGUCCUGCAUGAUGUAUAUAGUAUGCAAAUUGUGACUUUUGGAUUAAUAUGUAGUGAAAGCAUCCCAAUUUUUGAUUGUGUAAAUUUUUAUUGACUCUAUUUGCUCAAUAUUUAAUGUACUGUCAACAAUUCAUUUUGUGUUGCACGAUUUUAUGCAUUAAUUUAUGCUAAAUAAAUGUA